AUGGACCUGAACCUGGACAUGGACAAGGAGCUGCAGGAUUUCCAUCAUCCGUUUACUCCGUACAAGAUCCAACUGCAAUUUAUGCAGGCCUUGUACGGAUGCCUGGAAGAUGGUAAAGUCGCCGUAUUCGAGUCCCCCACUGGUAAGUGCGCGACGCUAAUUCCAUCCACCUCCCCCCUGGUUGUUUGCUUCGGGUCUGACAGCGGGUGCAGGUACCGUGACGAUGAUGAGCCGGAGUGGAUGAUCGAAUUUGCCAAGCGUGAUUCUCGUCGAACCAUUGCAGAGAAGCGACAGCAGUUUGAAUCACGACUGGCAAAGAUCAAACAGGACGAGGAGCGCCUGAAGCAGGCCCAGGAUAGCCAAGAGCGGCCCCGUAAGAAACAGCCGGCAGCAAAGUCAAAGUCAGCUCCCAACGAUGAUGAGCAAUUCGUUCUGGACGACUAUGACAGUGAAACCGAUGAGAGGCAAAAGGCAAGCCAGUCUGCCGGAGUUGAUGGUCUCUCCGCCAGCACUCUCGCUCUAUUAGAGAAGUACAAGGGACAGUUUACAUCGAAAAAGCCCGAACAAGAUGAGGAGGAUGACUCGGUCAAGAUCUUCUACUGCUCGAGAACCCACUCUCAGCUCAGCCAAUUCGCGGGAGAGCUACGUCGUGUCGCUUUCCCGUCCAGCAUCCCCGGCGAUCCCGAAGCCGAGGGCAAAGACGAUCUCUCAAAGUUGGAGGAACGCGUCAAACAUCUAUCCCUAGGAUCCCGAAAGAAUCUUUGCAUCAACCCUAAGGUUCAAGCGUUGGGGAAUAGCACGGCAAUUAAUGAGCGAUGCCUCGAUCUCCAACAGCCAGGUGUUGCUGCCGAAAAGAAGUGCUCUUUUCUCCCUUCAAAAGACGAUGAAGCACUCAUGCUUGAAUUUCGUGAUCAUGCCUUGGCAACAGUCAAGGACAUCGAAGACAUUGGCAAAGUAGGACAGCAAGUCGGGAUCUGUCCCUAUUACGCAUCACGCUCGGUCAUCAAGCAUAGCGAGAUCGUGACACUACCAUAUCCUUUACUUCUCCAACGAUCAGCUCGCGAGGCUCUCAAUUUAUCCGUCAAGGGCCAUGUAGUGAUCAUCGACGAAGCGCAUAACCUAAUGGACGCAAUUGCCGGUAUCCACUCCGUGUCCGUCUCACUUUCGCAACUAGAAACCGCCAUGUCACAAUUAACGACAUACGCGCGCAAAUUCAAAACUCGACUCAAGGGUAAAAACCGCAGUUAUCUUGCCCAGGUUAUUCGACUUGUCGGCUCUAUUGCUGGCCAUCUUCGCGGUAUCGCUCAGCAAAAGGGAGGAGCGCCAGAAGGCUCGGUGCAAUUUUCUGAUCUUAUGGCUGGUAAGGGUGUUGAUCAGAUAAAUCCCUACAAGCUCUCCCGGUAUCUUCAGGAAAGUAAGUUGGCGAGGAAGGUUGAUGGGUAUGUCGAGUCUGAGUCUUCCCAAGAGGCUCAAGGGCAAGGUCAAGGCCAAGUUAGUCGGACAAGAGAUCGGACAACGGUUCCCGUUCUUUUUCAUAUACAAAGUUUUCUUUUGCCUUUGAUGAACCCUUCAGAAGAAGGCAGGCUGUUUUACCAAAAGGGUCAGGAUGGCGUACUGUUGAAAUACAUGCUUCUUGACCCGACCAAUCAUUUCCGUGAAAUUGUUGAGGAUGCUCGGGCUGUCAUUUUGGCCGGUGGCACGAUGUCUCCUGUUAGUUUGGCCGGCUACUUCGCGAUUACCGAUCUCGGACGAACAAUAGCCACUUUGUGUCAAGUCAUCCCAGAUGGCGUUGUCGCCUUUUUCCCCAGCUACGAUUACCUGAGCCAAGUGGUGAAUGUUUGGAAGAAACCCAUUCCGAACGGAAAUGGCCAAACCACAUUCGGUCUGAUUGAAAAGAAGAAGAAGAUCAUGUACGAGUCUCGCGAAGCAGUUACUACUACCGAUACGUUGCUUCAAGAGUAUACCGAAGCCAUAGAAUCUGGAUCGGGAGCAUUGCUCUUAUCUGUGGUCGGAGGAAAAUUGUCAGAAGGAAUCAACUUCUCGGAUAAAUUGGGAAGAGGUGUCUUUAUCAUUGGACUACCUUUUCCCAAUAUCCGCAGCGCUGUCUGGCAGGCUAAAAUCAAGUAUAUCGAAGAGAAGACCUACAAGCAGCAUUCGGGAUCAGAGUUGGAGAAAAAGGCCCGGGCUAGUGCGGCGGGAAAGGAUUUCUACGAAAACGCUUGUAUGCGCGCUGUCAAUCAAUGUAUCGGGCGAGCUAUUCGGCAUGUCAAUGACUAUGCGGCGAUCGUGAUGAUUGAUCGGCGCUAUGAAACGCCGCGCAUUCAAGGUAAGCUGCCUGGAUGGAUUCGAGGCAGUCUUGUUUCGGCGGCGACAGCGACAGCUCGACCAGCCCAGAUGACCGUCCAGCGACUUUCCAAGUUCUUUGCGGAGAAAUCAUAG